AAGCAUUACUUAGCCUUAAUGGAAAUCUUAUCCCUUCUACGACGCUAAAUGGAGCUUUCUUCACUCCCCACUUUCAAACCUGUUUCCAAUGCUUCCUUAUUCACUUUCACUUCGAAUCAACUUCGGUGUCGAUGCUCUCUUUCUCUUCGUCGCAGUGAUUAUGGCUUCCGUCGGACUCGCAAUUCAAAACCAUUUCUGCAGAUCAGGAUGUGCUCGGAGAAAAGUUCGUCGUCGAACGGUUACGGCGGAACCGAUAGCGCAGUAACAAAUUCCGAUUUCGUCGAAGUGAUUGGCAUUGGCUGUAGGAAGGACGCGGUUAUUGAUUUCUGCUUGAAUUCUCCAUUUCAGUUGUCUUCGCUGCGGUUUUGGAAUGUCAUUGUGAAAGAUACAGAAGAGGUGCAAUUACAACAAAGGUCAACUAAAGAAGAACCUUGCCCAGGAAUCGUCGAAGCUCCAGUAUUUCUGAAGUCGUGCUCAAAGACCAUUGUCCUUGUGGCUAGUGCAGGAUAUGGAUCAGACCACACUUUCGCUGUUGAUAUUUUUGAAACUGUAAGGUCCACAAAUGGACUAACAGUUGCUGUAGUUUUGAAGCCUUUUAGCUUUGAAGGGUUAAGACGGAAAGAUGAGGUAAAAGCUUUGAUGGGGAAACUUAAGGAGAAUACUAAUUUACUUAUCGAAAUUGAUAUUGAUGCACUUCUCAAAAAAGACUUGUUGACUCUAGAUGAGGCUAUGAAGACUGCAAAUGAUGCUGUUUUGCUAGCUAUUAAGGCCAUAUCUGUUCUAAAAUCUGAAAUGCACAUAAAAUUCAUAGAUAGAUUGCAUAAUAGCAUGAAAGAAGCCUGCAACUCAGAAAUUAUUAAAAUAUUGGAAUGCUAUAAAGAAGCCAGAAUUGGAUUUGGGGCUGCUUACAAUAUCAAAACUUCAAUUUUGAAGUCUAUAUUUGAUUGUCCUUUCCUGGGUGUUUCUUUGAAGGAUCCAAAUUGUGUAGUUAUAUGCAUUAUUGCGUGUUCUGAACCGAUCAAUGAUAGUGAUAUAGCAGUCUUUCUGCGUACUUUCCGUCAAACAACAGAAUACACGAGGGAUAUUAUAAUAUCAACAGUACUUGAGCCUCAUGUCGAGCCCAACCUACUGAUAACUACUGUGCUUACACUUGGCAGCUUAACUGUGCAACAAGCUUCCCAGAAUGGUGGUAUACUAUCCAAACUUGCCCUGCAUUUUCCUCAUGUUUUUAGCUUUUGGGGAAGACAUAGUCAGCAACAAAUUGGCUCUGGGAAAGAGGAUGCAGUAUCUUCUCAUGAAACGAGUUCUUACGACAUUGAUGAGGGGGAAAAUAGGGUUACUCCUAGUAUUAUAGAUGACAGAUUUGGCAAAUACUAUGCAGAGUUGGAGCCAGACACGAGCAACAACAGCUCAAAGUUGUCAACUUCAAGGGAUUUUGAAAAAAAUGAAGAUUUAUUUGACACCAUAUCCAAUUGUCCUAUCGUUUAUGAAUCCAUUAAUGAUGAAGGUGACUCUGCUUUUCAGAGGGAACAACUUGAAAACUGGAAUCUGGGCCCUGGAUUUGAAGUGGCAAAAGAGUGGGCCCAAGAAAGGGCAGCUGAUGCUACACCUGUAGUUGAUAAUGUAGGCAUAUUCCACCUUCCUGUUGGUGUGAGGCCUUCAGAAGAGUUGAAAGACUGUUUAGAAAUCUCAUAUACGUCGAAAAGGCAUGAGUCAGAAACUAAUAAUGAUGUGAAAAUACCAACAAUAAAUGGAGGUACAUCUCCUUGGAGUGCAGUGACUGAUGUAGGUGUGGACGCAGUGAUAGAAUUUACGUCUUCCCUUUUGAAGGGAAAGCAUGCUAACAGUAAUAAACCAAAGAAGCAUGGAGUUCUGUCUGUUCGUGCUGCAUCUAUGCUGGAGGGAGAACGCGAUGUGUCAAAAAAGUGGAGUCCUGUUGUGGAAAUGCAAUAUAGGGGAGGAAGAUACAAGGGACGAUGCCAAGGUGGUCUGCCAGAAGGGAAGGGGCGUCUCGUUCUUGGAGAUGGAAGUAUCUAUGAUGGUUUGUGGCACAGUGGCAAGAGAUCAGGUCCAGGAACAUUCUAUUUCAAGAAUGGAGAUAUGUUUCAAGGCUCGUGGAGGGAUGAUGUCAUGCAUGGCAAGGGUUGGUUUUAUUUUCACACCGGUGAUCGGUGGUUUGCAAACUUCUGGAAGGGAAAGGCUAAUGGAGAGGGGCGGUUCUACACCAAGUAUGGCGAUGCCUUCUUCGGCAAUUUCAAAGACGGAUGGCGGCAUGGCCAAUUUUUGUGUGUGAAUACAAAUGGAACGAGGUACACCGAAAUUUGGGAACACGGUGUUCUUUUAGACAGCAGACGUUUAGACAGAUGAUUGAGCUUGUGUUCUUUUAGACAGCAGGCGUUUAGACAGAUGAUUGAGCUUGUGUUCUUUUAGACAGCAAGCGUUUGGACAGAUGACUGAGCUGGAUAAAUGUGGUACAGAAAAUUGUGAUUAUUACUGUGAAUCUUAGUCUUGUUUCUUUUUUUUUUUUUAAUCUUUUUUGUCAUACUUCUCUUUUUAUGUUGUAUGAUAGAUGUCUUUUUAUGUAUAAAGAAGACAACGAAGUUUGAAUCUAGGAUGUCGUGCAUAUUAUCUAAGCUUCUUGCGACUAAACUAAUCCUAAUGGCUUUGUAUAAUAGUUAUUUAUUGUGGGUGCAUGUUUUAUUCUAUUUUAUUUUUACCAUUAA